AGGGUGGGAGGCGGGUGAGUAUCUUGGCGUCUCGGAGGGGAUGGUGUGAGGUGGCUGGGAGAAACCAGUCGCUGGACUUAGAUAAAAUGGGCCUGGAACUCGAAAGGAACCAGCACAGACCUCUGGAAGCUCAGCGAAGAAGAUGAAGGCGGUUUUAGCAGUCUUGGUUAUCGUGGCAUCAGCCUACUCCCAAAGAUACACUAGACCUUAUGGUUACGGUCAAGGUGGGGUAGGCAACGUCGGGGGCGGUUUUGGCAGUGGAGGUCCUAUAAUUUUCCCCGACGGCAACGUAGUAGUGCGUCCUGUGAGACCUGGUAGUUUCGGAACACCCGGUGGAGUCGCAGGUGGUUUUGGGAGACCCGUAGGAGCCGGUGGUGGUUUUGGAACACCCGGAGGCGUUGCCGGUGGCUUUGGGACACCCGGGGGAGUUGCUGCCCCUGUGACAAGCGGUGCAUGCAACAGACAGACUCUGAUCCACGCCACACGCCCAGGCAGCGAGUACCACUUCUCAUGGUGUUUCGACGGCAACCAGAAAUACGAAUGGCAGCAGGCUAUCAGCUAUUGCACUGCUCUUGGACCUGGAUGGCAAGGCAUCAGCAUUGAAGACCUCAGUGAAAACGAGUUCGCGAAACAAACCAUCUUGGCACAUAAUCUCGAGUACAUCUGGACCAGCGGCCAGAAAGCCGGAUUGAACUGGAUCUGGGCUUCUGGAAGACCCUUCGUUGGGCUCGAUUGGUCCCACACUGGACUCACUGGCGCUCCUCAACCAGACAACCAAGAAGAUAACGCCGAGAAUUGCCUGGGUAUCCUCAACAACUUUUACAAUGAUGGAGUCAAAUGGCACGACAUCGCCUGCCACCACCUGAAGCCCAUCAUCUGUGAGAAGGUUGGCGGCGCAUUUGGAUAAGAAACAAAGGAGGAAUGAAACAAGCAAGGGAGCCGUUUCAAAGGGAUAUCCCUACUACUACUACUACUACUACCAACAAAAAAAUGAAUAGAUAAAUCAGUAUUACCUUCAUCUGAUCAUUCUCUGUAACUCAUUUGAGAUUAGCUUUCAGUAAAUCAUACGAAUAUCAUAGUAUAUAUUUUCAAGUGGUCAACAAAUGUUUGUUUGUAUUUAUUUAAAUUUAAGCUCUGUGAUACGCAUGCGCAGACAAUUCGAGUCUUCCAAUUUUUUUUAAUUAUGAGGAGAAAUGUGGUGUUGUGAAGUAUUCAAGUAAACCCCGUAAAAGAUAUUUAUUACACAUUGAUUAACCGUCAUUCUUCGUUAUUAUGAUAAACAUGAAUUCUGUACAACUUAUCUGCAAUUUUUUUUAAGUGGACAAUAUCCACUUUAUUAUGUGCAACAUAAGUUGAAAUAUUUUUAAUAAAUAAAAAACCGCAAAAAGUUGAAGAAAAUAUUCAGAAAAGUAUAUUUUAUGACCUUUAAAAAGCAAAGCAAUGUUACGAUGACCAAUGGUUGCAUCUGGCUGCAGCAUCACAGGCUUAGAUUCGUGGUUAUUAUGAUGUAGUGCCGUGAUGAUGUUAAAAUUCAAUGUAUUUACAAUGAAAAUCAUAGUAUAUCAUUGUUUAUGAUUUUUUAUUAUAAAAUUAAAAGCAUU